GGGACCGACUUCAGUCCCUGAUGUGGCAUCAUGUUCGAAUGUCAUUCCAAGCCAAAAAUGUCGGCACAAUGACCUGACGCCAGCCCAAUUUGUGGAGCGAUCUUUCACUCCAAGAUCUGAAGAUCUCAGUUCGCUUGCAGUUGUCAGGGUCAGUUCCAUUGGAAGAUCACAAAAAAGUUUUACUCAGCUUCCUUAGUUAGAAUAUCAUCAAUUCACCAUGAGCGACGAGGAGGAACACUACGAAGGCGAAGAAGAGGAGGAAGAAGCUCCACCGGAAGAAGAAGAGGUAGUGGAAGAAGAAGAGGAGGUCGUGGAAGAAGUUGAGCACGUCGAGGAGGAGGAAGCAGUGGAAGAAGUCGUGGAGGUUGAGGCGGAACCUGAAGCACCCGCUGAGGAGGUUGUGGAAGAGCCAGAACCCGAGCCAGAACCAGUGGCAGAAGAUAAAUUUGUAGUGGGCAGUGAAGGAAAUACCGAAGAAGAAAAACGAGUGGAAUACCAGGCCGCUCUUACGCAAGUGCUGCUGCUGGAACUGCAGAGUCCCGACGAUCCCACGGUCGAGUUAGCGGCGCGCAAACUCGAUAACUUUUUUGAAACACCCGAGCAUGCCGCUCAUACGGAUUGCUUUUGCGCCUUGGGAGGUCACGGUCUCCUGCUCAUGUUGUUGCAAAAGUGGAAAGACAGUGCCAGUAUUCAGGAACUCCUGUUCAGUUGUCUGGCUCAUCUCUGUCAAUGGGCGCGUUCCAACGAUGUCAAUGUCUUGUCGACCAUUCUUAUCAUGCGCGGAAUGGAUCUGAUUGCCGAUUCCAUGGCACGAUUUCCCGAAUCCAGCAAGCUCUAUGUCGACUGUCUCGUCACUAUUACCUGUCUCUGUCGCAAGGAAGACUUGGAACGACACACCACCACCAAGAAAUCCAUUACGGGUGCCGUGCCAUUGGUCUGUACGGCCGUCAAGAUUUUCCCCGAGAAUCGAGAGGUUCUCUUCAAUGGGUGCAAGGCGCUCAAGACAUUUUGUGAAAUGAAACUCAACGAAAUCAAGGACAUGAAGGGACAGGCCAUCUCGGUGGUGGGUGCCUCGCUUCAAAACUUUCCAGAUGAUGUCGAGAUUAACAAGAUUGCAUUUUCCUUCUUGAGAAAGCUGGGAUCCAUGUGCGGAUACGAGUCGGAAGAAGAAGAGGAAGAGGAGGAAGAAGUAAAAGAGAAAAAGGCUGCCAAGUCCAAGAGGAAAUCCGUCAAAGGGAAGAAGAAGGCCAAGAAAGUAGAGUCAGAAUCAGAAGAAGAGGAGAGUAGCGAGGAAGAAGAAGAAGAGGAGGAAGAAGAAGAAGAGGAGGAGGAGGAAGAAGAAGAAGUAGUAGAGGAGGUGGUGAAGCCUGAGCCGCCUAAAGUUAGGCCUGUGCUAUCUCCAAAAGCUCCAUCCGUCAAGAAAAAGUGGGGCAGCCAGUGGAAACCGUCCCCCCACUAACUAAAGACAAGCAAUGGCGAAGGCCAAUGCAUUUACCCGACGGAGGGCAUAGACGACACCAAUGGUCGUGACUGACUAGUCACCAGCAGAAGAAGCAGUAGACGAGGAGGAGUGAUGAAAAAUAAAAGGAAGGCCAAUGAAGCCUCGAUGGUCAAGCGACCACACGCACUUAUCGCAAGUUGGCGGAAGGAGCUCGAGAGAAAUACCGUAGUUUAUUAGUUGUGAAUAUGUAUGUAUAGAUGUUGGAAGGCUACCGUACUCAUCAUGGUGAUCAAUGCUGUGUUUCAAGUAUAUUUGUAGUACUUUGGAAUUCGAGCUUCGUUAUCCACACCCCUUGCUUGCUGCACCGACGUCGACUGAUCGCAGCCAGGCAUGCCAUGUUGUGGCACAUACCAUGCCUAAACCUCUACAUCUGUUAAUUCUGGGCUCUCUUCUUCAGCAGAUGUUGAUUCUGGGCUCUCCGUAGACACUGGGCUCUCUUCAUCUGCAGAUGGUUCCUUUGCUGCCAUGUAGGUCCGUUCAAUAAAUGGCCCUUCCACAAAAUGAACAAACAGAAGAAUGCUGGCUUGGUAACCAACAUAGGCAAUGCAUCCUGGAACAGAGCGAUAAAAGAUGGCCGCUCCAAGAGUCUGGACAUAUCCAGCAGUGUAGGUUGGAUGAUGAAUAUACUUGUAGAGUGAGGAUUCCACAAAAUGAGAGUUGGGGGUAUCCAAUAGCAUAUCACGCAAAAAGUAGCUGUUGUAGCCGGUUAAAGUGCAGGCCCAUCCUUUGAAGAAGAACCCAGUCAGGACCAAAAUGACUCCAACAAGGGUGGAUGCUACAUCUGGGAUUGCCGCUGGAAAUGGAAUGGCCCCCACUGAUUGACAAAAGGCACGGAACCCACAGCCAAGGAAAAACCACAUGACAGAAAAGAGAACCUCGGAGAUCAUGAUGUAGUUGGCCCUGCCAACUCUAUCACGAAGAGGCACUUUCACCACAAGCAUCCACAAGGAGAGCCCAACAUAGUAGAAGAGUGAGGAUGCCGCGAGGAACAUGGUCCCAGGAAGCCAACCAGUUCCAAGUACUGCCUUCCAAUCAAUCAUGUAAUUGAAAAUGAUUUCAGCAACAAAGAUAGUGCCAACCCAAGUGCAGUAGUAGAGACCAUGGUGCUUGAGAUAACCUGGAAUGAAUGGAUAAUCGAUGCGGAUUCCUAGAUACACAGGGAACAUUGCCUUGAUGGCCAUGGCAACAAAGUCCACUGCAGCCCGGAAGGAGAUCUUCUCAUGCCUCUUGAAACACUGAAGCGGCUCUGAGAUGUCUACUGUUGGCAUGUUUGCAGCUGUCUCAUAGUAGUUGUUGGAAGUGCUGUUGGUUGAUGUCAUCUUUUUGGGGGUUCUGUAUUGAUUGUGAUGAAGGAAAAGUUGUGUGGGUGUUGAAAGGCUGUGUUCUAGCUCUGGGAAUUGAGUGAGCGUCAACGCCAACAGUAAACUUGUGGGAAUGUGUUGCAGAUGAACGUUCGUCCACGAUCUCACGUGCACGGUCCCUCGUCCCUUUCGCUGUAAUCCGACAGAAGCGCUACUGGUAGACUAGUGGGGCAGUUCAGGUAAAUAGUGUUUGCAACACUUUGCUACCGGUCUUACGCAAAAAAUG